GAAGGUCUGCGCCUCCGUAGCUGGGGAACAGGCUGCCCGAAGCGUGGACAGGACUACGUCUGCCCUUCUCCGGACCUCGACCGGCUCUGCCCCCAACGGUCCUCGCGGAGCUCGCGCGAGGGUGAUGGGCAGGUAACAGACGCCCUCCUCACUGUCGUCAAGGAGGCAGCAUGACCGAGUGCUUCCUGCCCCCCACCAGCAGCCCGGGUGAGCACCGCAGGGUGGAGCAUGGCAGUGGGCUCACCCGCACCCCCAGCUCUGAGGAGAUCAGCCCCACUAAGUUUCCUGGAUUGUACCGCACGGGCGAGCCCUCGCCUCCCCAUGACAGCCUCCAUGAGCCUCCCGAUAUAGUGUCUGAUGAUGAGAAGGACCAUGGGAAGAAAAAAGGAAAAUUUAAGAAAAAGGAAAAAAGGACUGAAGGCUAUGCCGCCUUUCAGGAAGAUAGCUCUGGAGAUGAAGCCGAAAGUCCUUCCAAAAUGAAGAGGUCCAAGGGGAUCCAUGUUUUCAAGAAGCCCAGCUUUUCUAAAAAGAAAGAGAAGGAUUUUAAAAUAAAAGAGAAACCCAAAGAGGAAAAACAUAAAGAAGAAAAACACAAAGAGGAAAAACAUAAAGAGAAAAAGUCAAAAGACUUGACAGCAGCUGACGUGGUUAAACAGUGGAAGGAAAAGAAGAAAAAGAAGAAGCCAAUUCAGGAGCCAGAGGUGCCUCAGAUAGAUGUCCCGAAUCUCAAACCCAUCUUUGGGAUUCCUCUGGCUGAUGCAGUGGAGAGGACCAUGAUGUACGACGGCGUUCGGCUGCCGGCCGUCUUCCGGGAGUGUGUGGAUUAUGUGGAGAAGCAUGGCAUGAAGUGUGAAGGCAUCUACAGAGUGUCAGGAAUUAAAUCCAAGGUGGAUGAACUGAAAGCAGCCUAUGACAGAGAGGAGUCUCCAAACUUGGAAGAGUAUGAGCCUAACACUGUGGCCAGUUUGCUGAAGCAAUACCUGCGGGACCUGCCCGAGAACCUGCUGACCAAGGAGCUGCUGCCCCGCUUUGAAGAGGCUUGUGGGCGGAGCUCAGAGGGCGAGAAGGUGCAGGAGUUCCAGCGCCUGCUGGAGGAGCUGCCCGAGUGUAACCGUCUGCUGAUCUCCUGGCUGAUCAUGCACAUGGACCACGUUAUUGCCAAGGAGCUGGAAACAAAAAUGAACAUCCAGAACAUUUCUAUAGUGCUCAGCCCGACUGUCCAGAUUAGCAAUCGUGUCCUAUAUGUGUUUUUCACACACGUGCAAGAGCUCUUCGGAAAUGUGACACUGAAGCAAGUGACGAAACCUCUGCGAUGGUCUAACAUGGCCACGAUGCCCACACUGCCCGAGACCCAGGAGAGCAUCAAGGAGGAGAUCAGAAGACAGGAGUUUCUUUUGAACUGUUUACAUCGAGAUCUGCAGGGUGGGAUAAAGGAUUUAUCUAAAGAGGAAAGAUUAUGGGAAGUACAAAGAAUUUUGACAGCCCUCAAAAGAAAACUGAGAGAAGCUAAAAGACAAGAGUGUGAAACCAAGAUUGCACAAGAGAUAGCCAGUCUUUCAAAAGAGGAUGUUUCCAAAGAAGAAAUGAAUGAAAAUGAGGAAGUCAUAAAUAUUCUUCUUGCCCAGGAGAAUGAGAUCCUGACUGAACAGGAGGAGCUCCUGGCCAUGGAGCAGUUCCUGCGCCGACAGAUCGCCUCGGAGAAAGAAGAGAUGGAACGCCUCCGAGCGGAGAUCGCCGAGAUCCAGAGCCGCCAGCAGCACGGCCGCAGCGAGACCGAGGAGUACUCAUCAGAGAGCGAGAGCGAGAGCGAGGACGAGGACGAGCUGCAGCUCAUCCUGCAGGACCUGCAGCGGCAGAACGAGGAGCUGGAGAGGAGACCGAGGGCUGUGGGCGGCUUCCCCUCCCUCAGGCAGGUGCCAGGACAGACCUCCACGCCGGAUCCCAGCUCGGGAGUCCUCUCCCCAGAGCCGCGGGCCGAGGCCAGGGGGCCGUGGGAGACGGGCCAGCUGGCAGCACCUCGUCCUGCUCAGCAUUUUACAGAGCAUACGAACAUGCUGAGUAGGAAAACGGUCCUCCAGAACUUCAGCGCUCGGGCUGUAGGUCAGGCUGCUGCAAUGAAGGGAACAGCCCCCUGGUCUGAACAAGGGCCCCCGCCCCAUCUGGCCGCCCACCAGAUCAAGAACAACCACCUGAACCAGGCGAUUCACGAGGAGCGUGAGGCCAUCAUCGAGCUGCGGGUGCAGCUCCGCCUGCUCCAGCUGCAGCGCACCCGGCCUGAGCCCCAGGCUGAGCCCGAGCCCAUCGCCAGGGAGCCGCCCCCGAGCGGCAAAGAGCAGCCUCGGCCUUCGCCCGGCAGGGACAGGAAGGAAACGCCCAUCUGAGUGCCACCCGCCCGUCCGGAGCAGUGGCCUGGAGCCCCGUCAGCGCCGCCUCCACUGUCCCCGCUGUAAAGAUGCCUCCUCCACGCGGGCGGUGCUCACCGCAGGUGACACGAGGACAGAGCGGCACGCGGUGCGGGCUUGUCGGGCACAGAUGAGUUUCCAGCUAGUGUCAGCUUCUUUGAAGAUUAAUUUCCUUUGUUAAAAUAACUAUUUUAACCCUUGAGUGGCUUCUUUUUAAACCAAAAAUCGUCUUUCUUUCCUUUUUAUUACGGCAGAAUCAGGAUUUUUCUCUCGUUCAAGGGGGAACCAAACAAGGCAGCCUCACUCCUGCCCGCGCCGUGUCCCCUUCCAGGGUCUCUGCUGCCCGCCAUUCUCGCCUGUGCCUUCACGCCUCCGUGGUGCAGAUUCUGUCCUGGGAGCCGCCUCACAUUUCCCGACUGGCCCGAGUGGCUCUCACGGGGGUGACCUUCCCUGCCCCACACCCCGGGCCCAAGUCACCACAGCAGCCUGUGCAGCUGCAGACACAGCUGCUCCGGAGCCUGCCUGCCGGCCAGGGUCACCACAGCCACCCGGCUCCUGCUGCCUGGGAUCAGCAGAUGCUUGUCGCUGGGUCGUGGGAGCGGCUGCCUGGACCCGGGGCAUCCACACAGAGGAUUUGUUUCUCCAACCUGCCACUAGAACAGAACGUCGUGGGUUGCUUGCUUGGGCUAGAAUGUAAGCAUCUCUUUGCCUGAAAAAGCCAUAUGGAUGGGUAGCUAUGCUCUUACACAAGAUUUCAGAUGUCAGUGUCCACAGGGGCCGGGUGAACUGCUGCUGGGUGCCCAGUUGACCAGGCUGAGCGAUAGGAAAUGGCUUUCCUCUGGAGUCAGCCGUAGUCCUGACCCCACCACGUCUCUGGCAACCCGAAGUGUCUGGGAGGCCGGCUCGUAGGCACUCGGUCCAGUCCUGCUGUGUCCGAAUAUGUGGCUCCACGAGGUGGUCAGCUCUCACGGCUGUGAAGACAAACCCCACACACUCAAGGUGAUGGAAACACCCCCUGCCCCCGAGGGCUCUGUCCUCUCCUCCUGGUUAGUAUUUAUUUUCAGCACCUGUUUAAUGCUGUUUUUUAUUCUCUACCUAUUGCACUGUUGUGACUUGUUGGCCAUUAUUUGAUUUUUGUACGAAAAAAGCUUUGUUAUAGAAAUCAGCAUACUAUUUUUUUAAAUCUGGAGAGAAGAUAUUACGGUGACUGAAAAUACGGUCAGGUGUCAAAUAUAAGUGUAUAAAAGCCUUCUUGCCGUCCUGUCGGUCAUGUUACAUUCAUUUUAUAUUUGCUGGCAAUAUUGAAGGGAUUCUUUUGUGUUUAAACUCUAAUUUCUAUCACAGUGUCAUGAAUUUUUAAAAUUAGUAUUUCAUCACAGUUGUCUCAGUGUUGGUUAACUAAUUUUUGCCAGGACCAUUAUUGAUCAAGCAAAUAAAUUCAACAGCCAUUUGAGGAAAAAAAA